GAAACCCCGACCCGGCAGUCCUCGGGUGUCCGCUCGCGAGGGAACCAGCUCUCCGAGUCUCCACUCGAUCGACCUCUUCCUCCUCCUCCUCCUCGCCAUGAGAGCCGCGGUCUGCCUGCUGGCGGUCCUGGUGAUCGGCUCGCAGGGCCCGCCGGCCCUCUCGAGCCCCGAGCCAGGGGACCGCGAGCGCCGCAGCCUGGACCUCGACGGGAUCUUCCAGCAGAUGGGGCAGCUGCGCAACAAGCUGCCGGGCGUCCAGAUCCCGACGCACUACCGGCUGGAGAUCCAGCCGCACCUCGAGGAGGCGAGGUUCACGGGCCGCGUCCGGAUUCGGAUGAAAUGGAACGACACGGCGAGCAGCAUCACCCUGAACGCGCACCCCGACCUCGAGAUCUCGAGCUCCGACGUGGCGGUCAAGUGGCUGCCGCCGUGGGAAACGGAGGCGAACGGGGCGACCGUCGACCUCCGGGUCGCGAGGGCCGAGCGGCGCUCCCGGGGGUCCUCCUCCGUCUACGUCGUCGACCUGGAGCAGAUGGUGCGGAACGGCAGCACGACGGAGCUCGAUCUCGCCUUCCAGGGCAGGGUGGCGACCAACGAGACGGUGGGCCUCUUCCGGGGCGAGUACACCGACGCGGAGGGAGCCAAGCGGUACUUCGCCGCGACCUACUUCCAACCGAACCACGCCUCGAGGAUGUUUCCGUGCUUCGACGAGCCCGUCUACAAGGCGAUCUUUCGGCUGAGCGUCGUCCGGCCGAGAAACGCGACCGUCGUGUCGAACGCGGAGCUGGAGAGCAGCACCGAGGUGCCCGGGCAGCCGGACGCGGUCAGGGACACCUUCGCCGAGACCCCGGCGAUGGCCACCUACCAGCUGACGCUGGCCAUCUCCGAGCUGGAGCGCGUCGAGUCCGCGGGGGUGGUUCAGGGUCCCACCAGGAUCGGAGUCUGGGCUCGCAGGAGCUUCGCGCGAACGGCGAAGGGCGUGCUCGGCAGGGUCGUCGACGUCGUCGACUACUUUCGUCGGUACUUCGACUCUUCCGUGGGAGUCCCGAAGCUCGACGUCGUGGCUCUGCCCAGCUACGCCUCGGUCAAGCGCUCCAACGGUUGGGGCUUGGUGAUUUUCAAGGAGAGCGACUUGGAGACCUCGUGCUAUUGGCAACUCGCCCACGAAUUGGUUUACCAAUGGAUCGGCCAGCUCGUCACGCCCUGCCGGUGGACCGACGUUCAGUACACGAAGGCCUUGAACGCCUUCCUGGCGUCCAUGGCCGCCCUCGACCUGAAUCCGGAGGAAGUCGACGGAAAGUGGCCCAUGACCAUGCUCUACUCCCUCUACUACGAAUACGCCGGAACCUACCCCUUUUCCAGAGUUGCCGGGAUGAAGAACAACGUCGACUCCGCUAAGACCGAGCUGGUCUUCCGAAUGCUGAACCUCACGCUGCGCGAGCACGGCUUCCGGGAGGGGACCCGCGGAUUCGUUCGCUCCUACUCGAACAGCUCCGGAUCGGCGUCCGACCUGCCCAAGUGCUACUACAUGGAGUCGAUCCUGGACGAGCUGUACAAGUGCCGGCACUGCUACGGACCGUUCCAGGACGUGGACGUGCACGACAUUUUCCGGACUUGGACUACGAGAGACAGGCUUCCGCUGGUCACGGUCACUCGCGAUUACGAAACCGGAAGCGUGAAAUUGAACCAAACGGUGUAUCUGAGGAACGCGCCUCCUCCGACGAUGGACAAGAUCUCCGGGUAUCGGUGGGACAUUCCGAUCGUGGUGGUCACUCAGGACCAGCUCGGUUUCGACACAUUCGGACCGACGCGGUGGAUGACCGAUCGGGACAUGUCCUUGCGGCACGUCGCGGAGAGUCACUACUUCCUCAUCGUCAAUCCGGAGGAAAUUGGGAUGUUCCCCGUUAACUACGAUCCGAAAAAUUGGGAGAUGUUGAUCGAGUACUUGCGGGGUCCGAACCGUACGACCAUCCCCGAGAUAACGAGAGCCAAGCUGCUCCACGAUUCCUGGAACUUGGCGUACGCUGGACAACUUAGCUUCAAAAUCGCCCUGGACAUGACCCUCUUCCUCAGGCAGGAAAGGAACCACGUGGUCUGGCAAGCGGCGUUCACCAUGUUCGACCACGUGGGGCGGCGAAUCGAGAGGCCGGACGUCUACGCAAAGUUCGAAACUUACGCCGGCAGUCUCGUCAAGCCUCUCUAUGACGAAUUGGGCGCGGAGGCCCGGCCCAACGAUCCGUCUUGGAAGAUCCACUUGAGAGGUCUGGCGAAAUUCCUCCUGUGUCUCGUCGGCUACGAGCCCUGCGUCCGAGAAGCUCGCGAGCAGUACAAGAAAUGGAUGACCGACGCAGAGCCCGACAAAGGAAAUCCAGUGGCGAACGAGUUCAUUUGCCCCGUCUUCAAGUGGGGCACCGACGAGGAAUGGGAGUUUGGGUUGCAACGAGUCAUCAACUUUCCAAGCGGCAGUCCCGAAAGGAAGCAAAGCGAGCGCACGUACCUGCUCAAGACUUUGGCCGGAUGUCCGAGAGACUCCCAAAGGAUCAAAAGAAUCUUGAACGUGGCCAUCCUGGAGCGCCGGAGUAACUUCACGGAUUCGGACGUCCUCCUGAUCUUCAGCAUGCUGACCGGAAGUCCCGUAGGAUAUAUCACUCUUUUCAACUACCUUACGGAUCAUUGGAACAUCGUCAAACAGAAAUUCGAAAAUAAGACUCACUUGUGGGACGGUAUCGUCAGUUCCGCGACAUCCUGGUUUAACACCGAGGAAGGAUAUCGCAUGGUAUCGGAAUUGUACGCAAGCCGGGAGCACGAGUUCGGAUCGGCGACGAGCAUCGUCCAAGAGGCUCUAAAGAACAUCCAACAACAAAUGCACUGGGGGAAAAAGAAUUUGCCAGUUAUCGACUCCUGGCUUACCGAGAAUUUGAAGGACUUAAACGUUACCACCGUCGCCGCUGCCGCUGCCGCUGCCGCAAGCAGUCCUGACAGCGGUACCGCUAUCACCGCGGCUACUCCCUCGACUACCGUCGUCGCCGUAACCCCUCUGGCAGGAUAGCCUCCCAAAUUAUCCAGAGGAAAGGUCAAGCUAUUUCACCUGGGUCCAGGAAUUAUCCGGAUUGCGUCGUUUCACGAUUCAAGGAUUUCCGAUCGCCAUCGGGAACUCCCUUGAGCCAAGGGUCCAACGGCCGUGGGAAACUGACAUCGUAGACUUUCACUCCUUUCGGGUUAGGCGAUAUUCUAUAAUAUCUAGUGAAUAAACAUCCUGUAAAUUACCUCCUCUCCGAGGGGCUCGUUGUAGGUAAUUGCAAGGAGCAAUGUAUAGCGUUCUCAGCGGUAUGUAUUCUUUGUAACCAUUUAGAGAUGAGAAAACUGUUUCCCUUUUCCCUGCUGGCCGAACGGUGUGUACGUUUCUUAAAUGUCUCUGUCCAUCCUAUGGUGAAUAAAUCAAGGAAACUGAGUA